AUGGACCUGUCGUUAAAGGCAGGGGAGAGGCCAGAGAAACCAGAGUUAGAUGAUGGGGUGGGAGAAUUUGAGGACGAAUUUGAGGACGAGUACGAGAGUGAAGAUGAGAUUUUGGAAGCAGGUGUUGAUGGAAGACCUGAUGCUGAGAGAGAGGCUGAAGAAGCAGAGGCCAUGGAAGUCGAUCAACAAACUUUCAUAGUUGGUAGGAAUAAAUUAGAACCAGGACAGACAUUAUCCCCCGAUCUUUCCACAUACGAAAUGCUUCACGCACUGAGUACUCCUUGGCCUUGUCUUUCUUUCGAUAUACUUAAGGAUGGUUUGGGCGACAACAGGAAAACAUACCCCGCUACUAUGUAUGCAGUCGCAGGAACACAGGCAGAAAGUAAACGGGAGAAAGAAAAUCAAUUGAUGGUUAUGAAGUUCAGUGGAUUAAGUAGAAUGGAGAGGGAACAGGGCGAGGAAGACUCGGAUGAAGAUGAAGAUGAAGACUCGGAUCCUAUCCUCGAAUCGGCUUCGAUACCCCUCACUGCUACAACAAACAGAAUACGUUCCCACCAGACACCCGCGUCUGACUCGUCGCGGCCUCCUACUACUCUGACUGCUUCAAUGAGCGAAUCCGGUCAAGUUCUUAUUCACGAUAUUACUCCUCAUUUAUCCUCUUUUGAUACCCCCGGCACUGUUAUCACUGCACAACAAAACAAACCUCUAUCUACUCUUCGAAUGCACAAAUCGGAAGGUUAUGCCGUUGAUUGGUCUCCUCUGAUAUCUACUGGAAAGUUGGUAACAGGAGAUAAUGAUGGUAAAAUUUAUGUCACUACAAGAACUGCUGGAGAAGGUUGGGCAGUGGACUCACGUCCAUUUACAGGCCAUACUGGAAGUGUCGAAGAAUUACAAUGGAGUCCUUCUGAGAAGAAUGUCUUCGCAUCCGCAUCUAGCGAUGGUACAAUCAAAGUAUGGGAUGUACGAAGUAAAAGUCGAACUGCAGCUCUUACAGUCCAAGUAAGCGAGACAGAUGUUAACGUCAUGUCCUGGUCACAUCAAACAUCUCAUCUCCUCGCUUCUGGGGCCGACGAUGGAGUCUGGGCAGUUUGGGAUCUCCGAAACUGGAAACCUACAAAUAACUCUCUACCAUCUAAACCUACCCCAGUCGCCAGUUUCAAUUUCCACAAAGAACAAAUUACAAGUGUAGAAUGGCAUCCUACGGAUGAUAGUAUCGUGGCUGUAGCUGCUGGUGAUGAUACCUUGACGCUUUGGGAUUUGGCUGUAGAAUUGGAUGAUGAGGAGAGUAAAGAUACAGGUGGUGUUAAUGAUGUACCACCACAACUUUUGUUUGUGCAUUACAUGGCUAAGGUUAAGGAAGCACAUUGGCAUCCACAGAUUCCUGGGGCAUUGGUAGGAACAGGAGAGAACUUUAAUGUUUUCAAGACAAUUAGUGUUUAG